UCCGUUCAUUUUGAACCUAGCAUGUAUCCGUAAGGAGGAGCAAACGUCGCCUUAGCAACGGAUAUGGUUUUUACGGUUUUCUUCACACAGUGGUUUUAAACUAAAACACUAAAGUAGCAGCAAUAUUCUUCUAAAGUGGGUUGAAUUUCUUAUUAUGCAAAUGAGCUUUAGAUUUUCAGGUUACUAACUGAAGCCGUGAUGGCUACAAGCAACCCGUCAGUGUUUCUUCUCUCGGUUAACGGACAAAUUGAGGGAGCAAACUUUCCAGAGUAUGACAAUUUAUACUGCAAAUAUAGCUUUGUCUACGGCCACGACUGGGCUCCUACGUCGGGGUUGGAGGAAGGCAUCACUCAAAUAACAUGUAAAGGAAGUGAGUCCUCACACAAAUUAAUAUGGAACUUCCCACUGGAGACAACGUUUAAGAGUACAAACCCCUCUGGAUGGCCUCAGCUCGUAGUGAGUGUGUAUGGUCCAGAUGUGUUUGGCAACGAUGUGGUCAGAGGCUAUGGAGCAACACACAUCCCCUUCACACCUGGACAACACACACGGACCAUCCCCAUGUUUGUUCCUGAGCCCACGUGGAGACUACAGAAAUUCACGAGCUGGCUGUUAGGACGGCGGCCAGAGUACACAGACCCUAAAGUAGUGGCCCAAGGUGAAGGCAGAGAAGUGACGCGGGUUUGUUCCCAAGGCUUUGUCACCGUCUCCUUUCACAUCAUUACUAAAGACAUGAAGAAGCUGGGUUACGACACAGGACCCGCAAGCCUUGUAAACACACAGUCUGCCACAUCUGGCUGGUCGACAGAGGAACAACCGUACACCAUGGAAUAGCAUCGAGGAUGUUUGGUCCCUGCCAAAACAAAGCACUCAAAAGGACUUACUUACUUUUGUUAGAAUCAAAUCCACACUACUGCAAUACAUUCACUCCUUUGCCUAGUGUUUUUUAGUCAAAAUGAAAUUAUUUGAAUGAGUUUAUUAGAUGUAUAUUCAGUUUUACUAUAUUUUUUACUUUUUUCAAAUAAAUGAACUUGACCUCUAAAUUGUUCAUGUUUGGAAGUAUUGAGAAUAUGUUACAUACAGUACAUCACUGUGAUUGUUUGGACAUUUAGUUAAAUAGGACACAGACACUGGA